GCCUAAAUCUUUCUUCUUGCCGCUGUGCAUCGUCUCUGAGGCGGGCUCUCCUCUUCCCUCUCCCUCUUCCUUCCUCCAGAGCGCCACGACAUCACGAUGGCGGUCGCUGCGCAGCCAGAGGUGAAGCUCUUCAAUAGGUGGUCCUUCGAAGAAGUUGAGGUUGGUGAUAUUUCACUGGCAGAUUAUAUUGCCGUUACGCCGGCAAAGCAUGCAACCUUUGUUCCUCACACUGCUGGCCGUUACUCUGUCAAGAGGUUCCGUAAGGCUCAGUGCCCAAUCGUUGAGCGAUUGACAAAUUCACUUAUGAUGCAUGGCCGAAACAAUGGCAAAAAGCUUAAGGCUGUUCUCAUUGUCAAGCAUGCCAUGGAGAUCAUUCAUUUGUUGACGGACCAAAAUCCAAUUCAAGUGAUUGUUGAUGCUGUGAUCAACAGUGGGCCAAGGGAAGACGCAACGAGGAUUGGUUCUGCUGGUGUUGUUAGACGGCAAGCAGUUGAUAUCUCCCCUUUGAGGCGUGUCAACCAGGCCAUAUAUCUCCUCACCACAGGUGCUCGUGAAAGUGCCUUCAGAAACAUCAAGACAGUUGCCGAAUGCCUUGCUGAUGAGCUGAUCAAUGCUGCAAAGGGAUCGUCUAACAGCUAUGCAAUCAAGAAGAAGGACGAGAUUGAGCGAGUUGCCAAGGCCAACCGUUGAUGGGUGUUAACUUGCUGUUUAGAGAUUAGGGAAGGCAAGUUUUGGAAUGAGUUAGGGAAGACGGUUCUUAUUUUGAUUAUUUUUUCCCCUUUUUGUUUGAAGACAAUUUAUUUGUGUAGCUCCAUUUUAGAUACCAAUGGUUACCAAGAGUUGUGUCUUUUGUCACUGGCAGUUGACACACCAGCUUGCUUGUUAUUGCAAGUUUUGCAAUUAUGUUGGGUUGCUUUAUCA